UAUUAGUUGUUUAGUGGGCGGGAGUAUUGGUCGGUGAAAGCCUGUUAUAUCACUUAUAUUUAUACACAGCCGGUGGAGGGGACGACCAUCACUACUACCGCCCCCGGCAAAGAGGCGGCUUAUAAAAGAGCACGCCGAGGGUGUCUCGCUACCACUGUGCGAUCCGUGUACCGACUUCUUAUCGUUCACUAGUUUACCUGUCUCGUUUCUCUGGCAGUUCCAGAUACCUAAUUUAAUAUUUCUCCAACGGUUUAUUUACUUAGUAAAUUUUCUUCGUUUUCUUGAUUGUCUCCUGCAUUUACAUUUAAAAUACCACAAUGACGUCCAUGGUAGCAAUGACUAUGACGAUUAUCGCUAUUUUCGCUGUUUCCAGUAACGCAGCCAGCAUCGGGCUAUCUGAUGAGAAUCUUAACACUCUCUUUCCAUCCAACUAUGGUAUAUGCCCCACAAUUGAAACAGCAGAUGUUAAUGUCAUAUUUAAUGUUUCGGAUUCGUCAACAGUUAAAAGUAGUGCUUCCUUCAACUUCAAACCUCAUGACGAAACUCUCUUGUUAAAAUCAUUCAGAUUGAAGUUCAACCGUUUGAAUAACGGUAAGCUACGUUCCUCAGGUUCUGAUGAUACAGUUAUGGAAAUUUUGGUGUUUCCCUGUCUAUCACCACCACUCACGUCAUCAGUAGACUCCAACGAUAAAAAAUUGACCGUCAUGCUAUACGGCCGAGUCACCAAACUCAUGGGCAAACAAGAUAUCAGAUGUGCUAUGUACCAGAUGGUCAACUCUACAAAGUACCUAAUGGCAGUUAGCAGUGACAAAUCGUGCGAUGGCUUGCCACAGAUGUUGUCCAAUGAACAGAGAGGUUUAGUCAACUGGUUGCUGCCAAAGGAUGAAUCCAAAAUCAAUCUGAGACCCACACGCUCGGCAUCGGAUACCAAAAACAGCAUUAAAAACUUCUCUGGCUCCAGAUUUUUCUGGCGAACAGGCUAAUAAGUUCUAUAUUUUUACAUACAAAAUUACGCCCUGAUUCUAAUUUUUACAUCAUUAACUUUUAAAA